AUGUCUGCGUCAGAGUCGCCCGAUGUGCCCGCGGGCAAGAAGAGGUUCGUCCCUCUGGAGAACAAUCCCGAGGUCAUGUCCGCUCUUGUCCACAAGCUGGGCCUAUCACAGAAGCUGGCUUUCCACGAUGUCUUCAGCAUAGAUGAGCCGGAGCUGCUUGCCUUCGUGCCGCGACCCGCUCACGCGCUGCUCCUAGUGUUCCCCGUGAGCGAGACAUAUGAAAAGUUCCGCAUUCAGGAGGACAAAGACCGGCCCGAGUACCAGGGCCAUGGUCCGGAAGAGGAGGUUGUUUGGUAUAAACAGACGAUUGGGAAUGCCUGUGGGCUCAUAGGCCUGCUCCAUGGCGUGUCCAACGGCACAGCACGCUCCCAUAUCGGUAUGCUUCUGCACGCUGCCCGAGACAGUCUGACACAGCAACUGACAGGACCGACAGACCCCGCCUCCAACCUAGCCAAGCUCCUGAACGAUGCGAUACCUCUGAAACCCAUCCAGCGUGCUGACCUGCUCUACGAAUCAGAAGCCCUUGAGAGCGCGCACCAGGCUGCUGCCGCUGGUGGAGACACCAGCGCUCCAACCGCCGAGGACAACGUUGAUUUACAUUACGUCUGCUUCGUCAAAUCACCCGACAACAAUUUGUGGGAACUCGACGGCCGACGCAAAGGCCCGCUCAAUCGCGGCGAGUUGGCCCCGGAUGAAGACGUGCUCAGCGAGAAGGCUCUUGAUCUCGGAGUACGCAGCUUUCUCAAACGUGAAGCCGCUGCUGGAGGAGGCGAUUUACGCUUCAGUCUGAUUACACUUGCCGAAUCUCUAGAUUAG